AUGGUUUGGGCAAAAGAAUUCAUUGGUAGAAAGUGUGGUUCAGAUGAGUUAGAAGCCCUACUUGAAAGAGCAGUCAUUAAACGUGAUGGUUGCUUAACAACUCUAGACGCAGUUUCAAACAGCGAGGCUGUUGAUAAAAAGAUCAAUAAAAUAAUGAGGGUUCUAGGUCCACUGUAUAGAUGA